AUGAAGUUCACCAUCCUCACCGCACUCGCCCUCUUCAGCACCUCCACCCUCGCCGUGGCCGGCCGUCCCCCUCCACCCCCAACCUGCGGCACCUGCAACCCCGUCUCCGGGGAGAACCACUGCGACAUCACCACCUCGUGCAUCAACACCGGCACUCGCUUCCACUGCGCCUGUCGCGCCGGCUACAAGGCCUCCAAGGACAACAACAAUAUCCGGAAGCAGUUCCGUCUCAACGUUCCCAACUACAAGUUCCUGGUCUUUACUCCCGAGUCGACCGAGUGCAAUACUCUUUGCGAUAAUUCGUUUGGCGCCGGCCCCAACCUUUGUGCUGAGGUGCCGAUUCGGAAUCAAUGUGCUGUUUAG